AUGGAUAUAAUAUUCAUCUGCAAUUCUCGAAGCUCUUCUUCACUUUCUGUUCUUUGUUUAUUUUUGAUGCUUUCCAGCGGAACACUAUUAUGCUCAGGCAUAGAAAUCAGAAAAUGUCAAAAACGAUAUUAUGAAAAGAAGGAAAAUAUAGUAUGUGUAUGCAAUGCGACAUAUUGUGAUGAUAUACCAGAAGUGGGUAACUUGCAAUCGUUGCAGGCAGUUAUCUAUAAGACAAGCCAAUAUGGAAAGCGUUUCGAACGUACUGUCUCUUCGUUCGCUGAUAAGACAAAUGCAUCUGGAAUCAUUCGCUUGAAAAUCGAUGGUCAGAUACGGUUCCAAACAAUAAUUGGGUUUGGUGGAGCAUUCACUGAUGCAGCUGGCAUUAAUAUCAACUCACUGAGUGAAUCAGCUGGCGCCAAUCUGUUGGAGUCCUAUUUUGGAAACACAGGUAUACAAUAUACGAUUGGCAGAGUACCGAUUGCAAGUACCGAUUUCUCAACUCAUGCAUAUUCAUAUGAUGACUCACCGAAAGAUUUUACUCUCAGUAAUUUCUCAUUGGCUGAAGAGGAUUUCAAGUUCAAAAUUCCUUAUAUCAAGCAAGCAGUAAACUUAACAGGUGGUACACUCAAAUUAUUCGCUUCCCCAUGGUCAGCACCAGGAUGGAUGAAAACCAGUGGACAAAUGAUUGGUGGCGGAACACUACGCGGACCUUCUAAUGGGUCAUAUCAUGUAACGUGGGCUAACCAUUAUGUAAAAUUUCUUGAAGCAUACAAAAAUAAUGGUUUGAUGUUUUGGGGACUUACUGUUCAAAACGAGCCGGUUUCCGGCGUUGACUUGUCAUACAAGUGGCAAACAAUGUACUUUAGUUCCAAGACUGAACGUGAUUUUAUAAAAAAUCAUCUUGGUCCGACGUUACGAAGAAGUAAAGUGGGUCGAAAUAUAUCAUUAAUGAUAAUGGAUGAUCAGAGAACACAGCUACCGAUCUGGGCUGAUGUGGUCCUUAAAGAUAAGGAAGCUGCUCAAUACGUGUCUGGCAUAGCAGUCCAUUGGUAUAGCGAUUUCGUGCCAGUGUUACAGCUUUCCAAAACACACAAUCGUCAUCCAAAUAAAUUCAUCUUCGGAACUGAGGCGUGUACUGGAUUCAAGCCUUUUGAACAUAGUCCGCUUCUAGGAGAUUGGUCACGCGGUGAUAUGUAUGCUCAUGAUAUUAUUCAGGAUCUUUCUCACUGGGUGUCCGGAUGGACUGAUUGGAAUCUUUGUCUUGAUUUGAAAGGUGGACCGAACUUUGUCAAGAAUUAUGUAGAUGCUCCAAUAAUAGUAAAUGCAACUGCUGAUGAAUUUUACAAGCAACCUAUGUUUUAUAUUUUGGGACAUUUCAGCAAAUUCGUUCCACCGGGUUCAGUUCGAAUUGAACUACAUUUUUACGUAAAGCCGAUUUCAUACGAAGGAGUUGCAUUUGUUACUCCAAUACAUCAACGAGUUUUGAUACUUUUGAAUCGUAACAAUAAACCAGUAAUAUUUUCGGUCGAAGAUAAAAAUAAAGAUGGCUUGGCUCUACGCGUACAACUGGAACCGAAGAGUAUUGCAACGAUUAUUUGGAAUAAAUAA